AUGACGCAAAAGGAAGAAAAUUUUCCUGAAAGCAUCCAGCUAGCACGUAAUGAUCAAGAAAAUAUUGGAGCAUUGAAUCUCCUAAUUUCAACUUCAACUCAACCACCAAAUAACCUAUUCAACUACUACAAGCAACGUGCUGAAAUUUUAUUUUAUUUAAAUAAAUAUGAAGAUGCUCUAAGUGACAUUUAUGCAAUGGAAAAGAUAAACGAGAUCGCGUCAUCAAUCCAACUGAUCAAAUGGGAAUCGCUGAUACAAAUUCAGUGUGCAAAAGUCCGGCAAGAAAUAAAACAAUCUUUAGUGAUUCAAGAUGAUCUUAGUCAUAUUGAACUAUUAGCACGUAUACAUCCAAAUAAUAUGAAAAAGAUAUUCAAUGGUAUGUCAUAA